AUAUUAGGGUGCACAAAAAAAACUGGAUUCGUCUAUCUCCUUCCCUCUUUAUUUCUCCCUAUUUUUAUUUGUUCAUAGCUAUCGAUCUCAAGAACCCAUUACAUAUUAUUUUUCACUUUUAAUCGCUCCACGGAUCUCUCCUUCUUUCGCACGCCAUCUCUUUAAACCCCUCCAAGUUUCUUUUUCUAAUUCCUUUUUAAUACCAAAAUAACUGCUUCUCUGUCUCAUUAGGGUUUCGGAAUUACAAAAAAAAAGGAAGAAAUUGCAGUAAGUUCUGUCAAAUUCUUUUGAAUGACCCUGCUAUCAAAAGUGAAUCAUGACAUCAAGUAUGUUAACUGGAGACAAAAGAUGGGCUCCUGCCAGAAGAGGUGGUAUGACAGUGUUGGGGAAAGUUUCUGUUCCAAAACCUAUAAACUUACCCAGCCAAAGGUUAGAAAAUCACGGUCUGGAUCCAAAUGUUGAAAUUGUUCCCAAGGGUACUCAUAGUUGGGGCAGUAGAUCGUCUGCUUCUUCACCAAAUGCAUGGGGUUCUCCUAAUACUGAUGGGGGCAAUGGUUCGCCAACCCAUCUUAGUGGCCGCCCUUCAUCUGGUGGAACUGGAACUCGACCGUCGACUGCUGGUAGUGAUAGAGGCCAUGACCCUAUUUCUAAUGCCUGGGGUCCAAAUUCUAGACCGUCAUCAUCUUCAGGAGCAUUACCAUCAAAUCAGACCUCACACACAGCAUCCCGUCCUCGGAGUGCAGAAACAAGACCUGGAAGCUCACAAUUAUCCCGCUUUGCUGAAUCUCUAUCUGAUACCUCAGGGGCAUGGGGAGGAAGUGGAACAACAGAACGGAUGGGAAUGUCUUCCUCUAAGAAUGACGGUUUUUCUCUGACUUCUGGAGAUUUUCCAACACUUGGUUCUGAAAAGGACAAUUCUGGAAAGAACGUAGACUCUCAAGAUUAUGGUUCUCCUGGUCGUCCAGGUUCAUCUGCUGGAGUGGCUUCAGGGAGAGGAGGGAACAGGGAUUCUGAAGGUGACGUUUCCGUAAAUGUGAAUGCAAAGAUUGGAGCUGCAGGUUCCUGGAGACAAGAGAAUUCUUUGUACGGAGAAGAUGGUGCCAGAUCCAAUGUGGAGAAGUGGCAUGCUGAUCCCCGUACAUACCCUAAUCCUAAUAUUCCCCCUCAGCAUCAUGAUGGUUGGCAUGGUCCGCUUGUAAAUAAUCAUCCAGGCGGUGUUUGGUAUAGGGGACCUCCAGGAGGUCCUCCUGGAGGUCCACCAUUUGGGCCCCUGGCUGCGCCCGGAGGCUUUCCCAUGGAGCCUUUUACGUAUUAUCGUCCGCAGAUGCCCCCUCCUGCUCUGGCCAAUCAACAGCCUGUUCCUCCACCUGGGGCUGGCCCUAGAGGCUCCCACCCAAAAAAUGGAGAUAUGUACAGGCCUUAUAUGCAUGAUGCUUAUAUUCGUCCAGGAAUGCCACUUAGACCUGGAUUUUAUCCCACAGUACCUUACGAUGGAUAUUAUGGCCCUCCUGUGGGAUACUGCAAUUCUAAUGAAAGAGAUGCUCCAUAUAUGGGUAUGGCAAUGGGCCCUACAGCCUACAACAGAUAUCCUAGUCCUGAUCCUGGUAACUCCCAUGGAAGAACCAGUGGAUUCGGUCCUAGCGGUAAGCCAAUAGCAUCUGAACAAGUGGAAGGUGCUCAUUCUCAAGACACUCGAGGACCACACAAAGUUCUUCUGAAACAUCAUGAUAAUUGGGAGGGAAAAGAUGAAGAGCCGAACUGGGAUACUAAUGCUCCUUAUCCUUUGAAGGGCGAACAUCCAAGAAAUCUAUCACGAGAAAAUGGAUGGAGAGCUGACAACAAGAAGGAUAUUGAGAUAGAUACAAGAAGAAUGGUGGCCGGUGAAGGAGCUUCACCAGAGGCUGUAGACAAUCAAGCUGCCCCUAUGAAAGUGAAGCCUCCUGAAAAUGUACAGAUCGUGAGUGUAUAUGGUGACAGUUCAGGUAAAAAGUUUGAACAUGCAGAUUCUAUUUCUAUAGAAGUUUUGGCAGCUCCAAAAGAUUCUAGUCUGAUUCAGAAAAUAGAAGGCUUAAAUGCUAAAGCUCGUGCUUCAGAUGGCCGCCAAUAUCCUGGAUCUUUUUCCAGCACAGAUGAUCCUAAGAACAAAUUUCAAGUUGGUAAUGCAAUGGGCAGUCGUUCAACAAAUGAAGCUGGUAUUGACUCUAUAUCUCAUGAGAAGCCUUGUGACAUUAGAGUUAUCAACUCUUCUGUCCAUGAAGGCCACUUCUCUGCUGGGGAUAAGAGUCUUGAUUCUGCAGUAGUCAGUGGAACAGCUAUUUCCAGGCGACCAACUCAUGGCACGCAUGGUAGAGCUGAUCUUCGUGGUAAAGCAAGAUUUAAUACACUAGAGGGUGAUGGCUGGAGGAAAAAGCCUCAAGUCGUAGACCCCAAAAAUGUAGCAUUAACUGUACAUGGCGAAACAUCUUCUGUUUCUCAUGGACAACGCCAUAUGUCUGCAGAGAUCAGCCAGAAUUCUAUGUUACAGACUUCUGGAAAGGAUGAUGUAGAGUCUGUUCAACCUGUGUCUGACCCAAGCGACAGCCAGCGUGUCAAGGUGAGAGAGCUAGCCAAGCGACUUAAAGAGAGAGAGAAGGAAGAAGAAGAACGGACAAGAGAGCAAAGAGCCAAGGCUCUAGCUAAAUUGGAGGAAUUGAACAGGCGAACACAAAUGGGGGAAGGUACAACUCAGAAGUUGGAAAACGUUUCGACUAGCACUAUUCAGAAUAAGAAAGAUGAACCUUUAAAUCUUGUCCAACCAAUUGCUGCAAGCAAGGCUGGAACCGCAAGUCCAUCUUUAGGUUCCAAGCAAAAUAAAACCUCACAGAUUAGGCACGAGGAAUCCGCAACUGCUGCUCCACCAACUGCGGUUACUGGAAAACCUAAGGCAUCAACUUUAGCCCUGGAAUCCAGCCCAAGGAUUGUUGCUCCUAUCAUUGAGACAAUUGUGGAUGAAGUUGAGAAAUGUGCAAGCAAUAUACCUGUGGAGACACCAAAGACUGCACACAAAGAUUCUGUUGUGGUCCAUGAGCAAUUGAUGUCUUCGCAGCAGGAUUCUAAUAAUCCUGAUGCUGUUCAUGGCAGUAGUACUCUGCGGGUCCAUGACAGUAGUGCUUCUAAGCAGGAGCGUACAAGCUAUAGACAAAAGCUUAAUACCUUGGAGAAGAAUCUAAAUGAGAAGUCAUCGUCUUCCUCUGCAACUGAGGCAUCAAAAGUUCAUUCUGAUAUUGCAACUGAUGCUGCUAUAUCUUCUAAGGGUGUUUCCUGCGAGUCCAUACCAAACUGUGAGUCAAACAGGCCUGUUAACCAGGGUGUAAUGGCAGAGUCUUCAGCACCUCAUCGAAGGAAGAACAGAAGUGGUAAGAACAAGCACAAAGUGGAGGAGGCAUUAUCUGCAACAUCUUCAUCAAUUUUGUCAAAAGAGACUACUGUGUUAGAUGCUCCGGUUGAAAGUCUUAAACCAAGGUCUUCUGAAACAAUUCUGGAUGUUAACUCAGCUUGGCACCAAACCGACUCAAAGGAUGCAAAUCAGUCCUCAGACUCGUGCUCAUCAUUGACAAAUGAAGAAAUUCCCGUUAGAACUAAUAGCCAGUGGAAAUCUAAUCAUCCUCGCAGGACAAUGAAAAACCCACAAGGUAAUAAACCAGCUGAAAAAAUUCACGGUGGGGAUGCUGUUGUCUGGGCUCCUGUGCGUUCACAAAAUAAAACUGAGGUUUUGGAUGAUGCCAAUCAGAGUACUGUAGUUGAGGCUGUGGUUUUGUCAUCAAAGAGUGAUCAGCAGGUGCAGAGUCAUCCAAGAAAUAAGAGGGCGGAAAUGGAGAGAAACAUUCCAAAGCCUGUACCCAAGGAACUGUCUCAGCAGGCAGUUGUUUCUAUAGGCAAUCCGACUGCUUCAGAUGAGGUUGUUGAAAGGCCGGGUUCUAAAGGUGCUGAAAGCUCCCAAACUUCUGGUACAGUAAUAAGGAAGAUGGUGCCGUUUGCAGAAUCCAAGACUGGGGAUGUCAGGCAGAAUAGACCUGAAAAAGUGCAUGGAUCAUGGCGCCAACGGAGUGUGGCCGAGUCAACUGCAAACCAUAGGAGUUCUCGAAAUGUAGUUGAGGACAUUCACCACCAGAAGUUUGAUGCAUCUUCCAUGAAAGCGCAGCCAAGCUAUGAAUGGGAUGCUUCUGAUGGCUGGAGCAUGCCCGAAAUUCCUGAUACAGCUGUUAAUGUUCCUUCUUUAAAAGAUGAGAGUGUGACGGCGAGGGGAAAGCGGCAUCCACAUAGAGGUCACAAAACCUCAGUAUACAAUCAUAAUCCUGAAGAGAAGCCAACUGGUGGGCAGGACACUGAAAAGGUGUUUGUUGAAUCUACAGCUUCUGAAAUGCACCAAAUGGACGCAUUAUUAGCUUCAAAAGAAAAUCAUGCUGCUGGCGAACGAUCAACAUCUCAUUGGCAGCCUAAAUCUCAAUCAUUUUCAGCCACUAAUCAACGAGGAAGCCGGCCUAGUAACAGUAUGAAUGUUGGCUCUGAAGGCAGUAGGACUAAUAAAAAGGAGUCCUCUCAGGGUAGGGGGUUGCUACCUCAACCGGACAAGGAGCUUUCUAGGCCUCACUCUCAUCAUGACCAGUCUCUAUCCAAAAAGAGCAAUAUGGAAGAAGCUCCAUCUGUUGGACAUCAAGAGCUUAGGAGAGAGAAAAGAAUGGGUGGACCCAGAGGACGUCCCAGUAGCCCCAUUGAAUAUACAUCUCAUUCAAAUAUGGAUGUUCAACCAGAACAAUCCAUGUCCCCAGGGUUUCGUAAAGGUGGGAAUCCGAAUAGUCGGUUUGGUAGAGAGCAUGAUGCUCGUGGGGAUUGGAGUGGAUCUGGAAAAGAUGCUAAGCAGCAACAUAAUGUACCAGCAAUCAGGGAAAAACAAAGGCAGAACUCUCACUAUGAAUACCAGCCGGUUGGGCUGCAAAACAAUAACAAAAUGAAUAACUUUGAAUCUUCAAAAGAGGGUUUUCAUAAUUCAAGUGGAAGGUAUAGAGAAAGGGGACAUGCAAGGCGUGGUGGGAGCAACUUUUAUGGACGGCAAACUGGCAGUGUUCAAGUAGAUGCCGGUUAUGAGUAGGGGGUGAAAUUUAAGGAGGUGUAUUUUCGUAGCAGGCUCAUGGAUGAUAUUGUGGCUGGAUCCCUUACACUUUGAGGGCUUGGAGCAUAUUAGAGAUGGUGCAAAGGCCAAAAAGAUAAGAUAGAUUGAGAGUUAGUUAAUUUGUUUCCAUAUUUGAAUUUGGUGUUGUUUGAAGGAAAAAUGUAUGUUGAGGAGGUUUAAUUUGGUCACAGUACAUUGACCUGCUGUGGAACAUUUGAUGAUGAUAUUGUUUUUGGGCAGUGCAUGUAGGCUGUAGCAAUCUUUUUCUAUUCCGUAUCAUCUUGUGUAUGCAACACUACAAAGAAUUAAAUAGAUUUAUGGGUUCUCCCAUCUACCA